AUGCUAGUAACAAGCAUAUUAUUAUUUAAUAUAUUUUUAUUGAACAAUACUUUGGCAGAAUGGAUAGACAUGCCUCAAUUUUCUGAUGAAAAAAAAGUGUACAGAAUACCUACCGCGAAACAAGAUCAUUUUUAUAAAUUUGCUCAAAAAGGUGUGGAAAAUCAAUUUUCUCAUAGGUAUCAAAAUUUUACUUAUACAGAUGCAAAAAUAGAACAAACAAUAGUUAACAAAAGUGGAGAACACGAGCUUUAUAACAUGAAAGAUACUAUUAAAGAAUCUACAGUUUUGAAAAAUACUGAUAAAGAAAAUGUAUUUGUGACUAACACAGAAAAAUAUGAAACAACAGUUCCUUUAACUAUUAAUAAAGGAAAAGAAAACGAACAAUAUUUGAAUAUGUCUUUUAUUUCAAACGAUUCAGAACUUUUAAAAUAUCUGCCUGUGGAUAUACUUAAAAAUGUUCACCAUACUUUGAAAUCUCAACCUACAUCAAGUGAAGGAAAGAUUCAAUUUUUAAAGACAUUUGAAUAUACUUUAAUUACGGAAAUAGAAUCUCGGCUUGCAGAAAGUAUAAUGGCUGAUCGAAAGAAAAGAGGUGUUGAACAUUAUGAUCACAGUUAUGAUCAAGAACAUGCUGCAGGAUUUCCUUCCAUAGAAGGGGCACUUAUGGCUAUUUCAUUUCUUACAUUUGCAGUGUAUCUUGUUAGAUUAGUCAUGCUUUUAUUUAGAAAUAUGAACAAUUCUGCAUCAACUACUACUGGUGCUACUUUCCUUCUUGGUAGAAGAAAGAAAUCUAUAAACAAAUUCGACGAUGACACAGCAAGGAUUCUUCAAGGUUUACAUAGUUUUCCUUCUAAGUUUUAA